GGUGCCCCUGCUGCCGGGGCUGUGGUUGGAGGAAACCCCUUGUCUGCGGAGCGGCUGUACCCUGUGAGCAGCGAGAUCCGGGGACAGAGUCUCAGCCUCGCCGCUGCCACCCAGAGACUGCUGAGCCCCCGUCCGUCCGUCCGUCCGCCGCCACCCACUCCGGACACAGAACAUCCAGUCAGGGAUAAAAAUGAGCUGGUGCAGAAGGCCACGCUGGCCGAGCAGGCUGAGCGAUAUGACGACACGGCAGCCUGCAUGAAGUCUGUAACUGAGCAAGGAGCUGAAUUAUCCAAUGAGGAGAGGAACCGUCUCUCAGUUGCUUAUAAAAAUGUUGUAGGAGCCCGUAGGUCAUCUUGGAGGGUCGUCUCAAGUAUUGAGCAAAAGACGGAAGGUGCUGAGAAAAAAACACAGACGGCUCGAGAAUACAGAGAGAAAAUUGAGACCGAGCUAAGCGAUAUCUGCAAUGAUGCACUGUCUCUUUUGGAAAAGUUUUUGAUCCCCAGUGCUUCGCAAGCAGAGAGCAAAGUCUUCUAUUUGAAAAUGAAAGGAGACUGCUGUCCUUACUUGGCUGAGGUUGCUGCUGGCGAUGACCAGAAAGGGACGGUGGAUCAGUCACAACAAGCAUACGAAGAAGCUUUUGAGAUCAGCGAAAAGGAAAUGCAGCCGACACACCCUAUCAGAUUGGGUCUGGCCCUUAACUUCUCUGUGUUCUAUUCUGAGAUUCUGAACCCCCCAGAGAAAGCCUGCUCUCUUGCAAAGACAGCUUUUGAUGAAGCCACUGCUGAACUCGAUACAUUAAGUGAAGAGUCCUACAAAGACAGCACGCUAAUAAUGCAAUUACUGAGAGACAACUUGACAUCGUGGACGUCGGAUACCCAAGGAGACGAAGCUGAAGCAGGAGAAGGAGGGGAAAAUUAAUCGGCCUUCCAGCUUUUGUCUGCCUCAUUCUAAAAUUUACACAGUAGAGGGGCGCCUGGGUGGCUCAGUCGGUUAAGCGUCCGA